AUGAUCUGUAUCUCCUCCAGCCAGCUAGUCGUUGCCCCUUCCUCCACAAGAAGACACAUCCAAUAUACUUCACCUCAUUUCGCGCUAAUUAGUGCUGAAAGCAUGGCUUUGGCUGUCGCUGCUGGUGGCUUGGCCGCCGCAGCAUAUCUGGAUGGGAAAUACCAACUACGACGAGAUGCAACAACCAUACUCAAGCGGAAAAAGGCCGAAAAAGUGUACGAGAAAGCGCUGAAGGACGACAAGGUCUCGCCAUGGUACCUCCUCGCCGAGGCAUGCGCAAAGAACCCAAAGAACCGUGCUGUCUGGACUAGGCAUGGAGAAUGGACUUUCCAACAGUUUCAUGACGAGACUGUCCGGUAUGCUCAGUGGAUGCUGGACCAGGGCAUCCGGCCAGGCGACCUUGUCGCCAUGUACUUGACCAACAGUGCCGAGUUCUUGAUGGUCUUCUUCGCGACCUUGAGCAUUGGAGCUGGUCCGGCCUUGUUCAACUACAAUCUUGAAGACAAGGCAUUGAUGCACUGCCUGGCUGUUGCCGAGAGCAAGUUCUUGAUCGUUGACGAGGACGCUGGUUGUCAGCAAAGGAUCGAAGCCAAACGUCAAGACAUCGAGAAUGCUGGAGCCAAGAUUGUCACACUGAACAACGAUCUCAAACGCACAGUCAAGUCCAUGCCCACCACCGUUCCCGAAGACAGGCUGCGGUCGGGCAUGAAAGGCGAGUGGCCUUAUGCUCUGAUCUACACUUCUGGAACCACAGGACUGCCCAAAGGGUGUCCGUUCACUGUCCAGCGAACAUGGCAUCUCGGAAGCCACUUCGAGCCAGUUUUCGGCGCAAAGCCAGGCAGAGACUGCUGGUACAGUCCCAUGCCACUUUACCACGGAACAGGUCUCAUCACAACAUCGAUCGCCCUGCUUGGUGGGAUCGGUGUUGCUAUCGCACCACGCUUCUCCGUCAGGAACUUCUGGCAGGACAUCCAUGACAGCAGAUCAACCAUGUUCAUCUAUGUUGGCGAGACUGCCCGAUAUCUACUCGCUGCACCAAAGCAGCCUCUCGAGCGGGAUCACAUCCUGCGUGUUGCAUACGGCAAUGGCCUCAGACCUGACGUCUGGCACAAGCUUCAAGAACGAUUCAAUAUACCCGAAGUUGCAGAAUUCUUCAACUCCAGUGAAGGCGUAUUCCAACUCCUCAACUACGCCACCGGCCCAUACACAAACGCAUGUGUCGGACACCACGGUCUCCUCCUCCGCGCCAUCACCAACAAAACAUACGUCCCAGUAGCAAUCGACGUCGACACCGGCGACAUCUGGCGAGACCCCAAGACCGGCUUCGCCAAACGCACUCCCUACGAAGAAGGCGGCGAAAUGCUCGUCAAAGUCCAGAGUAAAGCAGAGUUCGGCGGUUACUGGCGCAACCCCGAGGCAACGAACAAGCGCUUCGCCCACGACGUCUUCGUCAAAGGUGACCUCUACUACCGCAGCGGUGACGCCUUGCGAAGAUCCCCAGACGGCCAUUGGUACUUCAUGGACCGCCUCGGCGACACCUUCCGCUGGAAAUCCGAGAACGUCUCAACAGCAGAAGUCGGCGAAGUUCUAGGCCACUACCCCGGCAUCGCAGAAGCCAACGUCUACGGCGUCACAGUGCCCGGCCACGAAGGUCGCGCAGGCUGUGCCGCACUUCAUCUCACAACAACUCCCAACCCAGCCUUCUUCGCGGAUCUGCUAAAGUACUGCCGCGCGAGAUUGCCGCGGUAUGCAGUGCCCGUGUUUUUGAGGAUUGUAAAGGGGAGCUCGCAUAUUCAUAACCAUAAACAGAACAAAGUUGGUUUACGGCAGGAAGGUGUUGAUCCAGAGAAGGUGGGCACGUUGGAGAAGGAGGGUGGGGAGGAUGAGUUUUAUUGGUGGAGGCCCGAGACGGAUGCGUAUGAGGUUUUUACGAAGGGGGAGUGGGAGAGCUUGAGUAAGGGGCAGGCGAGGUUGUAG